AUGCCAUCCGGAACAGCUCCUCCAGCUGCGGGUGCGCAAGCCCAGGAAGGCGGUAUGAGUCCUAUGAUCAAAUCCGCCGUGCAAGGCAUCGCCAUUUUCGUUGGUAUGCAAUUCUUGAUGAAGCAAAUAACUGGAAAUAAGGGGCCUGCGACUGCUACUACAACCGAUGCCUCUGGAGUAGUUAUGAAAGUUCCAGCAAAUAAUGGUGAAAUCCCCCCAUACUAUGCGCGACCAGACAAAUUAGAUGAAGGAGCAGUAUGGAGUCCCAUUCCUCAGAGAAUUGCACCGAUGUGGCCUACGGAUAGUCCUCUUGAUAUCACUAUUGUUGUAUCCCCCACUUUUGUCGCGGAACCUAUUGCAAAAGUACCAAAGGAGAGAAUCGUACUGGAUGAGACUGGAUUCGCAUUUGGAGAUUACAACCAACACCGAUCAAUUGAUGCAAGCUUCGAUGUUCCGUCUGAGGUGCAGAAUAAUGGCACACUUUGGGGUCAUUUCUAUAUUGGAAUUUCUGGAAGUAAAUUAGAUCCUGCUACUCCCGGCUAUGAUCCCACAAAGGCAUUUCACUUUGUGCAUCCUCUCACCCAAUACAUUGCGCAAAAGAAAAUAAGAAAGACCAAGAAUCUUUUGGCAGCUGCUGAAGAGACCGAUGAGCCUGAAGAGGAAAUUCCUACUGGACCUGUAAUCAAAUCUCACUAUCAUCCUAACUUUACAAUGUCCUUCAUUCCAGAUUCUGGCGUCAUGGACUUUCCAUCUUUACAUCCUGCUGUUCGUCAAUAUGUUCAUUUGGAGGCAAGUGGAGCUAGAGACGGCACCGGACUCAAUGGAUGGUACUAUCCACUACUCUUCGUCAACACUUUUUGGCAACUGAAGACUCACAUGACAGUUCUCAAUUCAACAGUCACCAGACUUCCCAUUCAUAUUGACCUCCAGAACUUUGCCAAUUGGAAAUUUACCUUGAUGGCAAGUAUGGACGAAGGCGCGAAACAAACCGCUAGAAAUGCUGCUCAAGGACAAGCACCACCCGGUGGCGGAGACGGUAGUGAGUUUGAGAUGAUCAAGGAAGUUUUAUUAGAUACCAAUAUCUAUCUUUUGGCCACCACGGUUAUUGUUAGUAUUUUUCAUAUGAUCUUUGAGAUGAUGGCCUUCAAAUCCGAUAUUAGCCAUUACCGAAACAAGAAAAACAAUGUUGGAAUCUCAGUUCGUUCAAUUCUCGGAAACGUCUUCAUGCAAGGUGUUAUUUUCUUGUACUUGAUGGACAACAAUGAGAAUACUAGUUGGAUGAUUUUGUUCACUCAAGGAAUGGGGAUCGUACUCGAGUUCUGGAAGAUCACCACGGUGGUCAAUGUUCGUAUUCGCGAUGCACCAAAUUCGAUCAUACCAUACCGCAUCGCUUUUGAAGAUAAGCAUGUUCUCUCCGAGACGGAAGAAAAGACCAAGGAGUAUGAUGCAGUUGCUUUCAAGUAUAUGUACAUGAUUGCUGUUCCACUUCUCAUCGCCUAUGGUGCAUACUCCUUGAAAUACGAAAGUCACAAAUCUUGGUACUCUUUCGUAAUCGCAACUCUUGUCGGAUCCGUCUACGCAUACGGAUUCUUGAUGAUGGUCCCUUCAUUGUACAUCAACUACCGACUCAAGAGUGUUGCACAUAUGCCAGGUAGAGCUAUGAUGUACAAGUUCUUGAAUACAUUCAUCGACGAUCUUUUUGCAUUCACUAUUAAGAUGCCAACACUACAUCGUUUGGCAACACUCAGAGAUGAUGUCAUCUUUUUUGUUUACCUUUAUCAAAGUUGGAAGUAUAAGGUUGACUACACCAGAGUCAAUGAGUUUGGACAAGGAGGUGACGAUGAAGAGGUUGAGGAGAAGAUUGCCAAUCAACCUUUGAAGAGUAUCCCAGGCGCUGAUGCGAGCGUCAAGGAGGGGCUUGAAGGUGCCAAGGUAGCCGAAAAUAAGGCAGAUGCAGUUAUUGGUAAAGCUACAGGAAGUUCUAAGAAAGAUGGAGCAACGAAAAGAAAGUGA